AUGGCAGCACCUGGUGAUCGAAACUCGACUAGCUUGCGUGCUAUUUUAACCCAAGCGAAGCCACAAAUCUCUUGCAUGAAAUAUACAGCAUCCAAGAAUACUAUAGGCCGGUGGCCAUUACCGAAGCAUCAUGGGAUCGCUGAAUGGAGCGAGUUCAACCUUGAAUCCCUUGUUGAGAGUUACGGCCAUAUUCUUAACCGGGAAGGUCCUGGAGGCAUCCCAGCCGCAGAUCUGCCGAAUAACAAAAUCGAGAUUUCCAGAGUCAACCAUAUUCGGCUUCUGAUCGAAUGGAAUAGCCGUGUAAUCGACAUGGCCCAAAAAUUUACAAAAGAAAGCCUUGGCAUCGACACAGGCGUCUCCCUCCUGAACGAUGUCACUACUCGCGACGGGUCAGCCCGGGCCAGAAUCAGAACGGCACCCGCAAAGGGGGCACCCACUGUCGAUCACGUUAUUGCACUUGACGAUCACCCGUUGACGAAUCUCGUAGUGGGCCUCGUGAAAUCCCACAGCAGAUUUCCGGCGAGCGUGGUGGUCGAUGAUUCUCAUCUCACAACGACAGAUCAGAUGUGGGCGCUGGGACAACUUGCCAACUUAUGUCACACUGCGAAGACUCGAUACGGUUACAUCAUGACAGAUCACGCACUCGUCGCGUGCCGUUGCACCAUAUUUGAGGAUCCCACCUACCGCUUUGGCAGGUUCAAAGUCGCUCUUGUGCCGGUGCCAUGGUCCAAAAGAGGCCCGGAACAGCUCACGACGGAUCUCGCGCUGUGGUGGCUCUGUAUGCUGGCUGCCUCAGCCCCCCACAACCGGUCGACCCUCGAGCAUGAAAUGGUGCCGAUCAACAAGUGGGAAGUCAAAUACUAUGACGAUGGGCGCGGCUGGGUGCGUCGCCACAAAUACUCGGGUUACGAGGAGCCUACCGAAGCCCCGUCUCCUCCACCCUACGAGACACCGGCGCCUGACGAUGUGGCCGGUAAUGCCGCUCUUUUCAUGGCCGCAGUAGGAGGACUCAACGUGCAAGAGGAUUUCGACCCCAAUCCCCCUCCCAUCCCAGGCCAACCAGCCGACCUUGCGCAAUCUUACCAGCACAAUCCCACCGACGUCGUUGUUGCGUAUGACGGGCAAGGCUUGAGUUUUGAUGCUGCGAAUGAGGGGCUUUUGAACUUCGAUGUUGCGAAUGAGGGGCAGGACUAUUUCUUCAACUUCGAUGCUGCGAAUGAGGGAGAGGACUUUGACUUCAACAUUUGA